AUGGCUCUGGACCGCCAGGCCCAAUUUCUGGAGCACCCAGGUCAGGGACACGACCCAGCUCGCGCCUGGACUGGCCAUAGAGCGGUUGUAGAUGAUGAUACUAGUAAUAGGUCCAGUUCUGGGUCACCCAUAUCCAGUUUGGCACCGCGGAGAUGCAGGUGA